AUGCUCUCCAGUCGCAAAGAGACUCAGCACACAUUGCCCGCCGCGGAAGCAGUUGCCACGCAGCUCACCAUCGCCAGCAACCAGGAGAAGGUCCGCUGCGGUGACCUCCGCCAGGCUGCCUUUUGGUGCUUCGGCGAUAUUUUGCAUCUGAUCCGCACCACGUCUUGGAAGGCCGCCUACGAAAAGUCCUCAAGGUUCAGCCGCAACCAGGAGCUGCCUUACUUCGAAUCCAUUGCGUUUGACGAAGUGAUCAAUGCCAUCGAGGAUUCUCUCAUCGAGUGCAUCCCUGACCAACGCGCGCUCAUCGACUCAGGUAUUGCCAUUGCCAUGGCCAUCAAGGAAGCUGAGGACUGCACUGCCAUGCUGCAGAGCCUGGCCAAUCUCUAUGGCUUCUACAACUAUGUUCACACGCUCGUUGCCACAAACGGUGCCGCGGCCUUCUUUGCUUCUCCCACAUCCACUCAGAAGGUGACCUCCAUCAGCGUCGCCGGCGGUGCGCACGGCCAUAUCAUUGUCUCGUGGCCCACCGAGUUUGGCUCGAACCUCGUCGAAGCCGUCCAGUCUAACGUGUGGUACCUGCGCAACGAGAGCCGCAACCCUACCUUCGCUGAAUUCGUCGUCGAGCACCUUGCGUACCUCCUUCUCGCUCACGGCAAGUACACCAGUUCGCUCAACUUCCGGUCCAAGGUCGCUGGCGCUAAAUUCCUUGGUACCGUCGGAUUCCGCGCAACAAGCCAGACUUACCCUUCCCUUACCGACCCUGGUGAUGGCCAUGUUUUCGGCACAACACGCAAGUCCGAGUGGCUCCAAGGCGCGAUUGUUCACGUCGAGCACCUCGAGAGGCCUGGUGGCGUUCCCAGGUCUUCGAUCGAAUCGUACCGUGUUCCUGCCAUCCUGGACUUCGCCAAGACUCGUCUUCAUACCGCGGGGGCCAUGCCCAACACUUACUUUACUGGCCGUGCCCUCCGCGACUCGGCUGGUUCCUUUGAGCAGUCGUUCAUCAAGAUCGUCAACACGACCUCGGCUGCUUGCUCGCAGGCCUUCUCACUCGGCGCGGCCGAGUGCAAGAUUGCGGUCGACGACCUCUCCACCUCACAGAUGACUGCGUACCUGAAGGCGCUCGCGGGCCACACCAUGCGCGAGCCGCACCAGUACCUGAGCUGCGCGUUCAACCUCAACUGGCCCAUCGUCGAGGACGAUGCGCUUGACGCUGGUGGAAACAUCCAGCCCCCUCGCCUGAUCAUAGAACCAUUCGAGAUCGCCAGGCUAGGCAUCGAUACCGCCUGCCGCGCUGGCUUCGACAAGGUCACCUGGGACGGCGCCUCGGACUCAUACCCUAGCAAGCCGGUCAUCAAGCAGCUACCCUUUGAGCAGUGGCUCUACCUCACCCACGUCGCGCAUGA